AUGCCAUCCAUCGAUCUGAAACCAGCAUCAUCGACGGUGUCCACUUACGAGACUGCUCAACCUGCCGCCUCCCAUACCUCCGUGUUGCGAUAUCGUCCUCCACAUAAGGUCAAUCAUGAUGUGCCUGAUAACGCGGCCAGCAGAGACUAUCAAGCCUCCCAGCAACAGCGUGUCACUACUUCUCUUCCCUCUCGUCAGUGGCGGAUCAUGGCCGUUGCUGCUAUUCUAACCGCCGCGUACGCAUUCUAUUUCAUCGUCGGCACCCCACCAGGAAACCCCCUGGUGAAACAACGUAUUCUCUCCAGCCUCUCUGGUUGGUCUCACAUCAUUGGCGGUCUAGUAUCGAUGGCCACGGGCCCGUUCCAGUUCCUCAUUCUAUACAACAAACAGCCCAAAAUUGUCCACAGAUGGGUGGGCCGUGUCUACGUGGCGGCCAUCGCAGCCGGCGGAAUCGGAGGCCUGUCCGUGUCUUUGGAUUCGCUCGCCUAUCCAGUUGGCGACUACGGUUUCGCUGUCCUGGCCAUUGUAUGGCUGGUGACGGCCGCAUUCGGGCUGCAGGCCGCCAGAGAGAGGAAGUGGGUGGCGCAUCAAGAAUGGAUGCUGCGCAAUUUCGCCCUCACUUAUGCGGCGGUCAUGCUCCGCUGGCAACUGCCCUUGUAUAUCUUCCUGGGAAAUUCGGCGGCCGGUGCGCUCACUGCGACAGCUUUUACUUGUUGGAUUCCGAACCUGGUGUUUGUAGAGUGGUGGAUUCAACGCCGUCCCCGAAAGAUGGUCAUAGAAUAG